AUAACAUUGGGCUUGUUCUUGGUAGCGAUAGCAGUUGUGCUUUUGGUUUUUAUGGUCUUUCAAAUAAUAUCUUGUCAAUUUGUUUGAUUUUCCUGCACAGACACACUGUUUUCUGGUCAACUGAUACGUGAGUAAAAUGGAGUCAAAUGUCCAUAUAAAGAUAGAGGAAAGGGACUUGGAUGAAAUGGAGAUGUACAACAUCGUUACUGUAGAACCCAGUUGGCCAGAAGAUCCUUCUGUCUCUGAGAACACCAUGCUGAGAGUACAGAAUAGUGAUAUACCUCCAGAAUCAAAAGAACUGAGCAGUGUGGCUACACAGACUGAAGACUACGGCUGUGUUAAUCACUGUACUUCAAUGUAUUUUGACAAUGAAAGAGAUAUGGAAAAUWGAGAAAGCAAAAGCCAUGAAAUAAAAGGAGUAAGCGAUGAUGUUACGAUUGAUGUAAAUGAGCAGAACACAUUGAAUAACACUGAUGUUGACGAUAACCUUGAUGAAGUUAGUGAAGACCUUGAGAUGGAUGAGUCAUUAAGUACCAUGAAAGGAAUUAGGAAGGAACUUCUACCAAAUAUACAACCUCAGCAACAAAGGAAUACUAUCCUUUAUGACUGCUCUUAUUGCGAUGCAGCAUUUAAGUGGAAAAGUUAUCUUGAUCUUCAUGUAUUACGUAUCCAUACCAGUGAAAAACCAUAUGAAUGUUCGUAUUGUGAUAAGGCAUUUGCACAGAAAGGUGAUUUCGGUCGUCAUCUAGGAACACAUACCGGUGAAAAGCCAUUUGAAUGUUCGUAUUGUGGCAAGACAUUUACAAAGAAAAGUAGUCUUACAGUUCAUCAACGAACACAUACCGGUGAAAAGCCAUAUGAAUGUUCGUAUUGUGACAAGGCAUUUACACAGAAAGGUGCUCUUGAUGGUCAUCUACGAACACAUACCGGUGAAAAGCCAUUUAAAUGUUCGGACUGUGGUAAGGUGUUUACUGAAAAAAGCAAUCUUAAAACGCAUCUACGAACGCAUACCGGAGAAAAGCCAUAUACAUGUUCGUAUUGUGAGAAAGCAUUUUCAAAGAAAGGUGAUCUCGGUUGUCAUCUACGAACACAUACCGGUGAAAAGCCAUAUGAAUGUUCGUAUUGUCACAAGGCAUUUUCACGGAAAAAUAAUCUUGGUCGUCAUSUACGAACACAUACUGAGUCAUGUCCAAUACUGCCUAACUAUAAAAUGGGGUCAAAUGUCCAUAUAAAGACAGAAAAAAGGGACUCAGAUGAAAUGGACUUUUUGUUUUAUAACAACAUUGUCACUGUAGAACCCAGUUGGCAUGCAGAUCCUUCUGUCUCUGAGAACACCAUGCUGAGAGUACAGACCAGUUAUGUAACGCCAAAAUCAAAUGAACUGUGUAGUGUGGCUACACAGACUGAAGACUACGGCUGUGUCACUCACUGUACUUCAAUGUAUGUUGACAAUGAAAGAGAUAGGGAAAAUAGAGAAAGUAAAAGUCAUGAAAUAAAAGAAGCAAGCGAUGAUGUUACGAUUGAUGUCAAUGAGCAGGACACACUGAAUAACACUGAUGUUGACGAUAACCUUGCUGAAGUUAGUGAAGACUCUGAGAUGAAUGAGUCAUUGAGUACCAUAAUUACUAAGCUGAAAGGAAGGAAGGAUGUUGUACAAAAUACACAACCUCAGCAAAGAGAAAUGGAAACUAGAGAGAGGGAAAGCCAUGAAAUAAAAGAAGAAGUAACCAAUGGUGAUGCAAAUGAUGUCAAUGAGCAGAACACAUUCAAUAACACUGAUGUUGACGAUAACCUUGAUGAAGUUAGUGAAGACUUUGAGAUGAAUGAGUCAUUGAGUACCAUAAUUAGUAAGAUGACAGGAAGGAAGGMGCUUCUUCAAAAUCGUUGUCAUCUAAAAACAUAUACCCGUGAAAAGCCAUUUGAAUGUUCGUAUUGUCACAUGUGGUUUACACAGAAAAGCGUUCUUAAAAUCCAUGUACGAACACAUACUGGUGAAAAGCCAUAUCAGUGUUCGUAUUGUGAUAAGGCAUUUAUAGAGAAAGGUGUGCUUAUUCGUCAUCUACAAACACAUACCGGUGAAAAGCCAUUUGAAUGUUCGUAUUGUGAUAAGGCAUUUAUAGAGAAAAAUAAGCUUGAAAUUCACCUACGAACACAUACCGGUGAAAAGCCAUAUGAAUGUUCGUAUUGCGACAAGGCAUUUGUUCAGAAAUUUGUUCUUAUUGGUCAUCUACGAACACAUACUGGCGAAAAGCCAUAUAAAUGUUCGUAUUGUGACAAGGCAUUUUCAAAGAAAGGUGAUCUCGGCUGUCAUCUACGAACACAUACCGGUGAAAAGCCAUAUGAAUGUUCGUAUUGUCAUAAGGCAUUUUCACGGAAAAAUAAUCUUGGUCGUCAUCUACGAACACAUUCCGAGUUUUGUCCAAUGCUGCCUAAAAUGGAGUCAAAUGUCCAUAUAAAGAYAGAAGAAAGGGACUCAGAUGAAAUGGACUUUUUGUUUUAUAACAACAUCGUCACUGUGGAACCCAGUUGGCAUGCAGAUCCUUCUGUCUCUGAGGACACCAUGCUGAGAGUACAGACCAUUCAUGUUACUCCAAAAUCAAAAGAGCUGUGUAGUGUGGCUACACAGACUGAAGACUAUGGCUGUGUCAAUCAUUGUACCUCAAUGUAUGUUGACAAUGAAAGAAAUAUGGAAAAUAGAGAAAGCGAAAGCCAUGGAAUAAAAGAAGCAAGCAAUGGUGAUGCAAAUGAUGUAAAUGAGCAAAACACAUUGAAUAACACUGAUGUUGACGAUAACCUUGAUGAAGUUAGUGAAGACUUUGAGAUGAAUGAGUCAUUGAGUACUAUAAUUACUGAGAUGAAAGGAAGGAAGGAUGUUGUACAAAAUGUACAACCUCAGCAAAGAGAAAUGGAAACUAGAGAAAGCAAAAGCCAUGAAAUAAAAGAAGAAGUAACCAAUGGUGAUGCAAAUGAUGUCAAUGAGCAGAACACAUUCAAUAACACUGAUGUUCACGAUAACCUUGAUGAAGAUAGUGAAGACCUUGAGAUGGAUGAGUCAUUGAGUACCAUAAUUACUAAGAUGAAAGAAGGGAAGGAGUUUCUUCAAAAUCGUUCUCAUCUAGAAGCAUAUACCAGUGAAAAGCCAUUUGAAUGUUCGUAUUGUCACAUGUGGUUUACACAGAAAAGCGUUCUUAAAAUCCAUGUACGAACACAUACCGGUGAAAAGCCAUAUGAAUGUUCGUAUUGCRAUAAAAGAUUUUCACSGAAAGAUAAUCUCAGUCGUCAUUUACAAACACAUACCGGUCAAAAGCCAUUMGAAUGCUCGUAUUGUGAUAAGGCAUUUAUAGAGAAAACUAAGCUUAAAAUUCACCUACGAACACAUACCGGUGAAAAGCCAUAUGAAUGUUCGUAUUGUGACAAGGCAUUUGCACAGAAAUUUGUUCUUGUUGGUCAUCUACGAACACAUACCGGUGAAAAGCCAUAUGAAUGUUCGUAUUGUGAUAAAGGAUUUUCACGGAAAGAAAAUCUCAGUCGUCAUCUACGAACACAUACCGGUGAAAAGCCAUUUGAAUGUUCGUAUUGUGAUAAGGCAUUUUUAGGGAAAAAUAAGCUUAAAAUUCACCUACGAACACAUACCGGUGAAAAGCCAUAUAAAUGUUCGUAUUGUGACAAGGCAUUUGCAAAGAAAUUUGUUCUCGUUGGUCAUCUACGAACACAUACAGGUGAAAAGCCAUACGGGUGUCCGCGUUGUGGUAAGGCAUUUGCAUUGAAAAGGUCUCUUGAUCUUCAUGUAUUACGAACACAUACCGUUGAAAAGCCAUAUAAAUGUUCGUUUUGUGACAAGGCAUUCAUACAGAAAAGUGUUCUUGGUCGCCAUCUACGAACACAUACCAAUUAAAUCUUAAAAGCCAUAUCAAUGUUUCUAUUUUGAUAAGUUUUUUUUACGAGAAGUAAUAAAUCAAACACGUAAAAGAG